AUGUCUUACAUUCCCUUGAUUCUCGCAGGGUUUGCUGCUUCAACUGUCGUAUCGCUAGCUCUAAUUCCUCUGCAAGCCAUUGUGACCCCCGCAAACCAUUCCGUCACAGAGGUAGCAUUCAACUCGUCGAAUCCAACUAGCCAGAUCAUCCUCUCUUCCACUUCUGCCUAUGUGCCUUCGGUCUCUGCAUCCAACCACUCAUCCGAAUCGUUAGCAUACGGAUACUACCAAUGCGACGCAAAGGAGUUCGGUCAACCCAAAUUCAAUAGCUGCCGAGAGGCCUUACAUCAGAUGCCGAAUGGCUGGGACUUGAGCACUUAUGGAGAUCGCACCGUUUUCGGCGGUGGUGUUGAUUUUCCAAUGCCUGUCAGAUACGCCAGCAGAAUAGUCGAUGGGGCUUGCAUUAUCGAGGUGUUUGCAGCGAAGCAAGGUGCAAUGGACAGACUGGAACCGUCCCAUUUGAAGAUGAGAAUCCGUUAUCUCCUUGAUAAGUGUGUGGGGGACGAGAAGCUCGAAGGCGGGAUUGCGAAGUACUUGGGUUAG